AUGGAGGGUUUGCCUUCAGGAGAUAUACAAGCAAAAUAUCAAAAGUUAGCGGCGGAAUAUUCAAAGUUGAGAGUGCACGUAAAGGUAUUGAAGAAAGGUGUUUUAGAUGAGCAGGCCAAGUCUAAUGAAUUGCGAGAAGUAUUAAAAGCGAAAGAGAAAGUUAUAAGGCAAGGCGAAUUGGAAAUAGAUUCAUUAACUUUCAGAAAUCAGCAGUUGACGCGGCGCGUGUCCGUCCUUCAGGAUGAACUCGAUGCUUUACAGACAAAGCUAACUAAAAAAUCGAAAAGCAAAAGUGAUGACAAACAAUCAGCCAGUAAUGCAACAGCCCACCUUGAUUCUGGACUAUUGCAGGAGGAAUUGCAGAAGAAAAUAAUUGAAAAUGCUCAAUAUGCAUCACAGCUUUCAGACAAAACCUUCGAAGUUGCCCAACUUCGAGCCUCCUUAGAAGAUUACCAGAGGCACAUAAAUGAAUGUGAGAGUAGAUACAAAUGUGAGAUAGCAAAAUUGAAAAAUAAAAAUCAAGAGUUACAGUUCACAUUGGAAGAGUUUCAGAAGGACAGAGUUGGUAGCACUUCAAAUAGAGGAUUAGCUGCAACAAGUAGUCAAGCUGCAAGUUGUAAUGGCGACUUUCUAUCAGAGGCUGGCAGCCUGAUUGGUAGUGAGGAUGCUCUUAGUUCUGUGGAUGAGCUAAACAUCAAUGAACAGCUGAGCUCUAAAGCACUUGCACUAGAACAGGAUAACCAAAAACUGCGAAUGGAGUAUGAAAUACUUCAGAUGGAGAACGAAAGCUUGAAACUAGAAAUAGCGAAGCAUGUGUCGGCUGCGCAGCGGAGGAAAGGCGAGACACAUGACUCGGGAGAAUUCAAUAAUUUCAAUGAAACUUCGGUAGACUCUGAGGGUAAAGUUACAGGACUUCUUGGUAGUCUAGAGGUGCCAUUCCUACUCAACCAUGAGAUUCAGUUGCGAGAGGAGCGAGUGAAGAAGUACUUUAGAAAUAAGAUUAGCGAAAUUAAAACAGAGCAUGAGGAGUUAAAGAGCAAGACUGAACAUUAUGUUGAAGAAUGCGAGAUGCUGCGGCUGCGUUUUGAAGUGAUGGAUCGUGAGAAAGAGAUGGACGCGCAUACGAUAGAUGAGAAACAUAAUACAAUUAGUCGAUUGGAAGAAGAACUGCAUUCAACAUCCCACAACUACGAGCAGCAGAUGUCUGUUCUGACUGAACACGUGGCCGGCCUGAACGAGCAGCUGGCGAAGCAACACGACCAGAUCGAGCACCUUAAGCACCAACUCUCCACCAAGAGAAAGUAG